UACGCUCACAAAUAUUCAGUCGUUCGAAAGAAGUCUUCGCUUGUGUACUAUGUAUAAGUACAGCAUCGUGACAAUGUCAGACGCCGAUUCGGAGUCGGAAUUUUUGGAUAAUUCAAAAAAGCCCAAAUUGAGGAAAAUUAAACGUAAACGGAUGAGUAAAAGUAAAAGAAAAAAUAAUUUUCAAGUCACUCAUAGGCGUAAAAGUUACAUUUGGAUUGGUGUCCUACUACUGGUGGCUGUAAUAGUGAUUAUUUACUUCGCAUCAAUCUACAAUACCCAUCAAACUCGUAGACCGUAUACGCCUUCAAAGAGGCAAAAAAAGUCUAUUCUUAUAUUGAAUUGGCGUGAUGAAAAAGUGCCGCGUCCAUGGAGCAGAAAUUGCACCAUCGACAUAGUAAAUACUAACAAACCGUCCAGAGCACUGAAGCGGCAUAAAAAUUAUGAAGCUGUUAUUAUGAAUUCAACAGCUGAAAAUGUACUAUUCGGAUCCGAGUUAAUUCCCUAUCACAUGAAUUCCCAACUUCUUAUAUUUGCCACACAAAAACCGUUACAGUUUGAGAAUCGUACAUCGUUGGAACAUUCCAACUUUGGAGUGUACAAUAAAUCAAUGUCAUACUCACUGAAAUCAGAUUUUAUAUGGCAUUCGUAUAAAAUAGUGAGGAAAAAUGAUUCGAAGAUUGUUGCGCCUGCAUUAAAAACGCAGUGGGACGGGCCGCAAGAGAAAUUUCGGAAAGAGCACAUGAUGGAAUUCUUUCUCGGAGAAGUGAAAGAAUCAUCGCAUUUAGCCUUAACUGUGUUGAAUAGGCCAUGUCAGCCAGCGCGCAAUGAGUUGGUGCGACGUAUACAAGAAAAUAUUGAUGUCCAUACGUAUGGCGAAUGUGGAGUAUAUAACUGUUCAGGUGAGACUAGUUGCCGUUUCCUACCAAAUCGUCGAGCAAAUAGAACUUAUAAAUUCUACUUGGCUUUCGAGGAGGAGCUUUGCAUGGAUUAUGUUGGUGAAAAUUUUUACAAAGCCUUGGGUGGACGAAUAGUGCCAGUCGUAUUUGGCGGUGCUAAUUAUGAACGUUUCGCUCCACCGCAAUCAUACAUAAAUGCUCGAGAUUUUGCAAGUAUUCGCGACUUAACAGAAUACUUGGUUUACCUGGAUCAACACCCCGAGGAACACGUCAAAUAUUUUACAUGGCACGAGAAAUAUAUAAUUCAAGAAUCACCUUUUGACGUGGAGGAAAUUUGCGAUUUUUUGCAAACUGCGGAUAGCCAAAACACGUUUAACAGCAGUUUGGAAGGGCCUGGGCGAAUUCUAAGUUGGUUGAAUGAAAAUAAAUGUGAGCCAUAUGAAUUGCCCCCUGCAUGGCUUUCCUAAGCCAACAAAUCGAUGAUAAUUUUUAUAAUAUCAUUACAUUGUACACAUUUGUAUAUUCGGACACACAAAGUACAUAUUUAAGCGUAUAUGUAUAAGAAUAUGAUAAGCUUUACAAUAACUUAAUGGUAAUCGCUAAUAAUAAGUGAGAUAAGAUUAGUGAAUACGACUUUUUUCUAGAUAUAAGUAUGUGUGCAUAGUUAGAGAGACAUUUACCAUAUAUGUACAAUAUAUAUUUUAUAUUUUAUAGAGUUAAUAAUCUUA